AUGUCCCGGCACCUGUUUUCUGCUGCGGUGCUGCUCCUCCUCUGCGUGCUGUUGAUACGCAGCGGCAGCUGUGAAAGUGCCAGCGCUGAGGAGGCGCAGGAGGAAGUGCGUCAUUGGGUGCCCAAACCUCAAUCGUUUGCGAAGGUCAACAUUGGCCUGGGCGCCAGAGCGGACUCCGAGGGCGCAACGGGUUCGUUCCGUGUCCCUGGACUUGUUGACGUGAAUGGGGAGACCGUCGUCUUUGCCGGGGCGCACGCGGGAGCUUCCGCGGGGGGUGUUGCUGCUGGCAUUGCCGCAGGGGGCAUCCCGGCUGAAGGGGCGUCAGCGGCGCAGGGCGGAAGGGUGAUGGAUGAUGCGUUGACGGCGUACUUUCCGCAGUCGACU